AUGUUCUGGGACCAGGAGGACGUCUCCGACGGCGGGUUCGACGACGGCGUCGACAUCGAGCGCGAGUCCGCCGCGUCGACGCCGUCGCGGCCGGGGAGCGCGGGGUCGUUCUCGCCGUUCGACGCGGCGCACGCGUCCGCGGACGAGAUGCUCCACCAGCUGCGGCUCGACCGGGCGGCGCGGCCCCUGGGCGUCACGAGCCUGCGGCGGAGCUCGAGCUCGAGCUGCCUCGCGGCGACCGCGACCGCGGUCGUCGUCGGCGCCGACGGAAAUCUCCGGCGGCUCGCCGCGGACGCGCUCCGGGCCGCGGCCGAGGCGUCGGGCCUCGGCGCGGCCGUGCGCGUCGAGGCGGCCGGGAGCGCCGCCGAGGCGUCGGCCUUCCUCGAGCGCCUCCGGCCCAAGUGCCGCCUCGUCGUCUCCGUCUUCCGGCGGGGCGACGACACGUCCUCGAGCGCGUCGCUGAGCUCGAGCUGCUCGUCGACGUCGUCCUCCGGGUCGCCGCGGCCGUCGCGCGACGACGAGCUCCGGUGGAUCCGGGCCGCGGCCGCCGCGGGCGCCGCGCCGCCGAGCGCCGUCGUCGCGCUCGACGCGGCCGGCGGCCGGCCGCUGUCGGCGACGGCGGCGAACGAGCUCUUGUGGCGCCACGUCUUCCCCUUCGGGGCCUGCAAGAUCAACCCGACGCGGCCCCUGUCGGCGCUGCUCACGGAGCACGGCGACCGCGUCGGCGCGAGCCUCCGCGACGGCGGCCUCCGGGGCCUGCUCGGCCUCCUGCACGGCGACCGGCGCGAGGCGUCGUGCGCGCUGGACCGGCUCAUCGACGGUCUGGACGCGCGGGGGCCGCCCCUGGCGCCGCGGGGCCGCACGCCCGCCGUGCUCGUCGUCGACGACUCCGCGGCGACGCGCCUGAGCCGGUCGCUCGACGCGUUCGGCGUCUCGGCGCGCGUCUCCGUCGAGAUCGCGCGCGACGGCGUCGAGGCCGUCCGCGCGGUUCACGACGACGUCGCGCGCCGCGACACGUGCUUCAUCCUCGUGCUGCUCGACCUGCGCAUGCCGAACCUCGACGGCGCGUCCGCGGCGCGCGAGCUCCGCCGGGCGGGGUCGACGGCGCCGCUCGUCGCCGUGACGGCGUCGGCGCUGCCGGGCCGCACGGCGGCGCCCGCCUUCGACCUCGCGGAGGACGACGCCGUCGCCCUCGCCUUCGACGACGUCAUCACGAAGCCCCUCGCGCAGUCGCACUCGGACGCGCUCGUGCACAAGUGGGUGCUGCCGCGGCUCCACCGCAAGCGCGCGCGCGCGCCGGCCGCGGCGCCGGCGCCGGCACCGGAGGCGCCGGGCCGCGCGUCGCCGGCGUCGAUCCCGUCGCCGGGCCCCAAGAAGCCGCGCCGCGGCGCCGCGCCGCCGGCCUGGGCCGCGCCGGACCUGCCCCCGGGCGCGCCCGUGCCCGCCGCGCGCCACCUCCCGGCCGCCGCCGCCGCGUCCGAGGACCUCCCCAGCCGCUCCCUCCCGUCGCCGCCCGCCCCGAGCCGCGCGCACCGCGCGCUCGCGAGCGAGUAG